CCACCUCACCAUGUACACUACCCUACAACUCAUCCACCCCUAGGAAAAUCACACAUUCGCAGAUCCUCAGCCAACCCCAUCCAUACUGAACCCAACGUAACAUCGAACCACUUCGUCAACCUUAUGAGUUACAAGGCCCAACUAACCCAACCCGCGCCACCCGCAAGGCUACUACCAUCCAACACCUAGGCAGUAAACCAAACCAUCAUUGCCAUCCAAAACCAACUUUCUUGAAUACUACACUUCCCCAUCAACACGUCACCAUCCUCAAUCCAAACCCCACCAAAAAGCUUAUCCCUAACAAGCAACCCCAAAAGAAGAAAAUGAGCUACACAGUCUACCUCAUCGCCGAAAGCGGCCUCCCGCGCGACCACCACGCCAUCUUCGUUGAGACCCACGAGAACGGCCCCACCACCGGCCACAUCUACCACGUCAAGGGCAACAUCCAAGAGGGCAUGGCCUUCGAGGACCGGGCGAGCGAACCGCCGGAGGAGAUCCCGGGGUUCUGUGGGAAGGAGAAGCUGGGUGUGGUGCAGGUGGGGGAGUACGGGCGUGUGCCGGGGAUUUGUGAGGGGGUUGAGGUACCCCCGAAGCAGUUUCAGGGGGUGAGGAGGCUUUAUCCUAAUAUGCCGUUGAGGAGGUGUCAGGAGUGGGUUGCUGAGGCAGUUGAGGCUUUGAGAGGGGAGGGGGUUUUAAGGGAUGGGUAAGAUGAGGGAUUCGUUGUUUUGGGGGUUUGUGUGGGUGAUAUAGAGGUGUGUUUGGGGUUGGACUGGGUCGGGCGUUUUAUUUGUUUCUAUAUAUGAGAGGGUGGUUCAUGGUGAGGCUC